AUGCGUGAGACCCUACACAACUAUCUCCUGCGCGUCCAUCCCGAGACGAUAUGGGUGGGACACGGGGGUCGCCGGCCGCUGAACAAUCCCAAGUCGCUGGGGCGCCCGAUCUACUGCCAGCGGUUUUUCCUCUCGGCGGCCGGCAGUACCUUCUUUGAGAUCCGGUCCUCGGUGCAGGCCAAGCGGCUUCUCCAGAAACCGGCGGGGAUAAGUUACAUAUUAGCCGUCCUCGAUCGGAUAGAAGUAUCCGCGCAGCAGCUCCUGCACGGGGCCAACUCUCUGUCCGAGAUUCAGGCCCAGCUGGACAAGGUGUGUCUGGCCUUCUCAAUCGCCCUGCUCGACUAUUCGCUAAAAGGGGACCUGUUCGAGAGUGCUCUGGUUGGCUUCCUGGCCGCAUUGGGCAUUGACACGGCUAAUCAGAUCUUCUACGAACUGUACGGGUACACCGGCUACCUCUCAGGGCUGGUAAAGAUAGUGUAG